UAUACAGACAGAUUUGAAUAAAUGUGGUAAUUCGAAUCUUUUAUAUUCGUUACAAUUAAUAACGGCAUUUUGAUCAGCAUAUGAAAUUUGUCUGCAUAUUUUUCUCGUGUUUCCUAUCAUCUUAAAUGAUUUACAAUUUCAAUAUAAAAAUGUUACAUCUCUUUCUCAUUCUACUUUUAUUGAUUUUCACAUCACCAGGUUUAGGUCAUCGUUGUUAUGUGUGUAGUAAGUGUCAAGACCCUUUCAGAUAUCAGGAUACUGAGAAACAAACUGGUUGUACCUUCUGUUCAACAAUAAGAACAUAUGUACAAGAUAAACUACAAGUGACCAGUCGUAGUUGUGUUCCGGUUUGCGUUGAAGCUGAUGCUAGGAGAUCCGGGUCAGGAAUUGUUACAUCGUGUUGUCAAGACGAUUUAUGCAAUUCUAGUAGAAAAACACAAAUAUCCAUGACUGUAAUCUUAUCUUCAUUACUUUUCAUACUACCAUUGUUAUCAACUUACUUUUAAUAAAAAAUAAACUGAUACUUCUUGCCCAUUGCACUUAUCAUGAAAAGUUUGAUUAUCGUAUAUAUUGCUUCCAAAUAAUUAUAGAAUUUAUACUUUAUUUAUUAUGACUUAAUUAUGCUUCAUUCACACCAUCAUUUAUUCUUCAGUAAUAAAAUAUUUAUUAUUAGAAGGCAAUUUUUUGUUAUGAUGUGGUAAUGAUAACACAUAUCGAUCAUAUUAUUAAACUGUCCCAGUCGACAAUGAAUCUAAUUUUGAUAAGUUAUAUAAACUUUGAGUAAUUAACUUGUUCAUUUUAUUAUUAUCAUUGCAUCUAAGCUGAUUUGAUUUCAAAUAAAUUAGUUAAUAAAUG